AUGAUGCUCAGCGGUGAUCAUCAGGAGUCUGAUCUCCCCUGGGGACACACGGACACCCUUCUGGAGUCCCUCGGUGCGCAGUGUGGGUCCAUGCCGGUCGGAACCCAGGAUGGAGAGACCAAAGCGCGUUCCAAGGAGGAGAAGAGGCGCAAGAGGCGCGCCACAGCCAAAUAUCGAUCUGCGCAUGCCACCAGGGAACGGGUCCGUGUCGUAGCCUUCAAUGUGGCCUUUGCAGAACUAAGGAAACUGCUCCCAACGCUCCCGCCAGACAAAAAGUUGUCCAAGAUUGAAAUCUUGCGACUCGCGAUUUGUUACAUCUCAUAUCUCGACCACGUGCUGGACAUUUAGGACAAGUGUGGCAGUGCGUAUCCAGCCACUAAAGAACAAGGGAUAUGGGGAAUCCCUGGUCUGUAUCCUAAUGGAAUACCACGCUGACAUUAUUAUUGCAUGAUGAUGUUUCAUUAUGAGGAUGAGCUGCAGCACUGGAGACUUAACAUCCGUAGAAGCACCCGAAGAAUGGAAAAUAUUUUGGGACCUUUCUCUAUAUCACA